AUGUCAGAUCCCUCUCUCUACGGCGCCCCGCGUCAUAAAAAACCAACAUCCCAAUCCACCGCCCCCUCCGCCUCCACCCUCGCCUUCACAAGCCAACUCUCCUCCCUACUCUCCAAGACCGCCGACUCAACCUCCACCCGCGGCCGCCCACGACCCUCCAAAUCCACCAAAUCCGACAUCUUCAGCGUACACAACAAAGGGGCCCAGAAGCGCGCGGCCGCGGACCUCCGCGACGAUGACGACGACGACAGCGGCACGGCCAUGGCGCAGGUGCACAAGCGCACGCAGGACAUCGGCGCCGUCGACGCGGCGGCGUUGCACCGCUCGAAGCGGCGUCUGCAGGAGAAAGCGCGGGUCUACGAGGAUCUGAAGAGUGGGUUGUAUCUGGCUGGGGAUAGUGAUGAGGACACACCAGGGACGCGGGAGGAAGAUUAUCUGGCUCGGCUGCGGAGGAAGGAGAGGGAGGGGUUGAUUGAUUUUGACCGGAAGUGGGCCGAUGCGCAGCGGGCGAAGGGGUCUGAUGAUGGAUCUGAAGAUGGAGGUGAAGAGGAAGGGGAGGAUGAUGAUGACAAUGCGUCGAUUGUGUCGUAUGAAGAUGAGCUGGGGCGGACGCGGCGCGGGACUCGGGCGGAAGCCGCACGCGCUGCGGUCGCCAGGGCGCAGGAGGCCGGCGAGGCUCGUGGCCCGGAGCGCUGGCGUCCCGCGCGGCCGGAGAAUUUGAUCUACGGGGCUGCGGUGCAGGCGGAGGCGUUUAGUUUGUCGUCCACUGCGGCGGCGGAGAUGGCCUCGCUGGCUGCGCGGCGGGACCGCUCGCCUACGCCACCGGAGGAGACGCAUUACGAUGCGGAGGCGGAGGUGCGGAACCGCGGGACGGGAUUCUACGCUUUUGCUAGAGAUGAGGAGACAAGGAGGAAGCAGAUGGAGGAGCUGAUGAGUGCGAGAGAGGAGACGCAGAGGGAGCGUGAGGCGAGGCAGGCGAGACGGGCCCAGCGCGAGCGCGUGAAGGAUGAGCGGAGGAGGCAGAUCGAGGAGCUUCGGACGAGGAGAUGGGCAGAGACGUUUUUGGCUGGACUAGGGGAUCUGGGAGCGUUGAGGGCGGAUGCUCAAUGA